AUGUGGAAUCUACACCUUCUUUACCUGAUAGUUCUUGCUGUGAGCGUCUCUGCACACAGGUCCAGGUCCAAUGCACCGGCAUUUUAUUCCAACAACAAGUACAUCAUGGAAUUAACAUCCUCAACUUUCCACGAUUAUGUCUACGGCUCCAACUAUAGUACAAUUGUUGAGUUCUAUGCACCAUGGUGCGGCUAUUGCAAACAGCUCAAACCUGAAUUCGAAACAGCUGCUAAGAAAGCCCACGAUUAUGCACAAUUUGCAGCCGUUAACUGUGAUGACGAAAAGAACAAGCAAUUCUGUGCUUCUCAGAACAUCAAUGCAUUUCCAACUUUGAUCACCUAUAGACCUCCAAAGAGUUUUAGGGAGACAGUACCUAGAGAUCAGCAAUAUGCUGUUCAGCCAUUUGAAAAUGAACGUAAGGCAAACUCAAUCAUUAAUAUAAUGAGAGGUACCUUGAAGUCACAUGUGAGAAAGGUCCCAUCUACGAAAAUCGAGAGUUACUUUACGAGAAAGACAGGCAAACCUAGGGCGCUGCUACUAACGGACAAGGCACAAGUGUCUGCACUGUACAAAUCCUUAGCUGUUGAUUUUCUCAGUGUGAUGGAUCUGAACUAUAUUCUCGUUAAAGACGAUCUUGUUGACCAGAUCCGAAAAUACGCUCCAGACUUGGCUGAUGAUGUUCCACAGCUUUUAGUCAUUCAAGAAGAUGGAACGGUAACUCAUUACAGUGGUAAAUUUAGCAAACGUGCCAUUUCCGAAUUUCUAAGUGAGUUUGCCGUUCCAGUUGAAGGCGACUUUUCCGACAGGAAACGGGCAAUUGAUGGUAUCAAAAACGGAAAAUUCAAGAGUUUUCUGCAAUACAAAAAGAAGAUGGCCAAGAAGGAGGAGAAACAGAGUAGAGACAAGCUCGGAAAAGACGAACUCUGA